AGCAGCCCACUGAGGGCCCUUUUACUUGGGAUUCUGAACUUGUAACCCAGAAUCCAGGCUGGGAAGAUGCUGAGUUCCAUCAAGUGUGUGUUGGUGGGAGAUUCUGCUGUGGGGAAAACUUCUCUGCUGGUGCGCUUCACUUCAGAGACCUUCCCAGAGGCCUACAAGCCCACGGUGUAUGAGAACACAGGUGUGGACGUCUUCAUGGAUGGCAUCCAGAUAAGCCUGGGCCUUUGGGACACAGCGGGCAACGAUGCCUUCAGAAGCAUCCGUCCCCUGUCCUACCAGCAGGCAGACGUGGUGCUGAUGUGCUAUUCUGUAGCCAACCAUACCUCUUUCCUGAACCUGAAGAACAAGUGGAUUGGUGAAAUCAGGAGCAACUUGCCCUGCACACCUGUGCUGGUGGUGGCUACUCAGACUGACCAGCGCGAGAUGGGGCCCCACAGGGCCUCCUGCGUCAGUGCCAUAGAAGGAAAGAAACUGGCCCAGGAAGUGAGAGCAAAGGGCUAUCUAGAGUGCUCAGCCCUUAGCAACCGAGGGGUUCAGCAGGUAUUUGAGUGUGCCGUCCGAACUGCUGUCAACCAAGCCAGGAGACGCAACAGAAGGAGGUUCUUCUCCAUUAAUGAGUGCAAGAUUUUCUAACUUCCCGGAGACUUCGCCCACACUCAUUUACUCACCCCAAAGACUAAAGGGACAGGGAGAGCGGACAAGCUGGCAAGAACUGAUGCUCCUUCUAGAUACAUACUGCACAGCACCUCCUUUCGGAUACAGUUGUUGAUGAGACUUGGCCACUGGCUGUUUUUAUGAAAUACACUCUAGAAAUGGACCGCUUGCCCAGUCCAAAUAGAAGGACCUAUAAUGAAGACUCUAUCUUCGAUUAAAAAGCCAAAAUAGCCUCCAUAAUUUUGGACAAUGAAGUGAGUUUUUCAAAGAAUUCCAUAUUUAAAGACACAUUCUAUUUAAAUAAUAGUAAAAUGUAUAUCUCUUGUAUAUAAUUAGUUUUUACAUUUGGAAAGUCUUUCCCUACGUGCUCCCACACAAUUGUAACCCUAUGGGGCUCUGCCAAAGGUCUGUAGUGUUUUCACCUGAAGUAGUAAUUUUGUUAACACCACUUGCCUGCUGGAUAUUACCAGGUAAUCAAAUUUUGAAGUGACCAUAGCCUUAUCCUUGCGAUUAAUUUUCCAUCCACCUGUUACUCACUGUUGUGUAUAAAAUACAGUUCAAUAACAAGAUUCUUCAAUGCUGUCUAAUUAAAAAUUAACAUUUGAAGUA